CCACAUAAAUUUUAAGCCAUUUGUUUCAUGAUCAUAUUGGUCUGACCAUGCUCAUACAGAACAAAACAGACCUGACCCCAGCUUCAUUUGUUCUGAAUGGAAUCCCAGGACUAGAGGACAUGCACAUCUGGAUUUCCUUUCCAUUCUGCUCCAUGUAUGUUGUGGCUAUGGUUGGGAAUUGUGGGAUUCUCUAUCUCAUCUACUGGGAGAAAUACCUGCACAGGCCCAUGUAUUACUUCUUAGCUAUGCUUUCUCUCACUGACCUUGUCAUGUGCUCUAGUACAGUCCCUAAAGCCCUCUGCAUCUUCUGGUUUCAUCUCAAGGAAAUCGGGUUUGAUGAAUGCCUGGUGCAGAUGUUCUUCAUCCACACCUUCACAGGGAUGGAGUCUGGAGUGCUCAUGCUUAUGGCCCUGGACCGUUACGUGGCCAUCUGCUACCCUCUGCGCUACUCCACCAUCCUCACCAAUCCUAUCAUUUCAAAGGCAGGUCUUGUCACCUUCCUACGAGGGGUGUUCCUAGUUAUUCCAUUCACUUUCCUCACCAAGCGUCUACCCUACUGCAGAGGCAAUAUACUUCCUCAUACCUACUGUGACCACAUGUCUGUAGCAAAAUUAUCCUGCGGCAAUGUCAAGGUCAAUGCCAUCUAUGGACUGAUGGUUGCCCUCCUCAUUGGAGGAUUUGACAUUUUAUGUAUCACAGUCUCCUACACCAUGAUCCUCCGGGCAGUGGUCAGCCUAUCCUCAGCAGAUGCCCGGCAGAAGGCCUUCAGCACCUGUACUGCUCACAUCUGUGCCAUUGUUUUCUCCUAUAGUCCAGCUUUCUUCUCCUUCUUUUCCCACCGCUUUGGUGGCCACAGGAUACCUCCAUCUUGCCAUAUCAUAGUGGCUAAUAUUUAUUUGCUUCUGCCUCCCACUAUGAAUCCUGUUGUCUAUGGGGUGAAAACCAAGCAGAUACGUGACUGUGUCAUGAACAUUCUUUCAGGUUCCAGGGAUACCAAAUCCCACAGCAUAUGAACAAACACUUUC